AGCUGGGCAUCAUAGCCAUGAAGUUUGUAUUGUACCUCUAUCUUCUGGGGGUUGUAUUGACCCUGCUGUCCAUCUUCGUUAGACUUAUGGAGUCACUGGUGACCUUCUUGGAGAACCCAUUGCCUGGGAUUUUCAGGAUCACUAGAGGUCCACUAGUCAACCGAGCGCAUCCAGAGCGCUUUUCAAGAUCAUCCAUGUAGAGGAGUGCAAUAAAACCUCCCUCCACUCUGUCCAAUGUUUGGUUGUAAGUCUCAGCAUCUGCUUCAAUACUCUGCUGGGUAGAGUAUU